AUGCAGAAAAGACAAGGGUAUUGCAGCUAUUGCCGUGUGCAGUAUUCAAACUUGGAACAGCACUUGUUUAGUUCUCAGCACAGAAGCCUGACCAGACAGAGCAGACGUCGAACAAUUACCAAUAACACUCUGAUGGAGCGCUUUUUGCAGGACGUCCUGCGACACCACCCAUACAAUUACCAAGACAACAGAUCUGCACCAAAUGAGGCAGCAGCAGGAGCAGCAGGAGCAGCAGGAGCUGAUCCUGGAUCACCUGAAGUGGUGAUUUUGGAUGACUCUGAUGAGAAGGAUGAUGAUACUGCAGAUAGCAGUGUAGAGAGGAAUUCCGAGGAUUCGGGAUCUGUCGAAGAGAUAGAUUGUAGACCUGGUACCUCUCAGGAACGUGCAGAGGUUGCAGUUCGACCAUCAGUUAUUCAAAAACUGGAACGGGGACAGCAGCAGUCCUUGGAAUUGGCUCAUAAAGUUGAGAGUGGUGUGAAAAAAGUUAAUUCAGUCGGUGUUGUUCAGGCUACAACUAGUGGGAAAAAGUUAGUGCGUCCCCCUGUGAUCUGUAAUGCUCCUGCCAGCUCUUUGCCUAGCGGCUCUUUCGAGAGACCAGUUGCGGCUAACAGUGUUCCUCGGUUAGUACUGGCAGUUGCUUCAGAUUCCUUUCCAGCUUGUGACACAGAGAACCUUGAACCAUACUUUGAGUCCCCAGAUCAGGGCCCUAGCAACCCAUCCUCUCGACCCAAAACUAAAGAUCCCAAAAAGAAACUAAAUAUAAAUUUAGACAAAUUGCUUGCACAGAGAAAUCUCAGAGCUAAGGGUGCGUCUUUUUCCCCUGUCGUACGAGUCCGUGAGCUAACAGGUCCUGAGCUUUGUUCUGUAAGAGCUGAGUCUUCAGAGUUAGAGGCAGGUACAGCAGGAAACCCGAGUGGGACAGACAUACUACCAGAACAAGCACGUGAAGGUGCCAUUCCAAAGCGUCGUGAGGCAACUCGUUCAAAUACAGUUCGUCCCCAAGAAGAAACACAUUUGGUUCGUAACAAGCCAACACUUCUGAAACAGAAGCGCUCAGUGACUUCUGAAGAGAGGUUUGAUCGUGGGUCUCUUCAGGCAGUACCUGGUCCUUCCCAAGCUCCUGUACAUGACUUAAGUCUUUUGGAGGAGGAAGAGGAAGAAGCGCAGGAAGAAGAAGAAGAGGAGCAGGAAGAGGAGGAGGAGGAAGAAGGAGUUUACCAAGAAGAUGUGAGCUAUGAAUCUAGAGGUUCUGACAUGAGUUUUGAUUGUGGGUCCUCUUGUCAGUCACUGAGUGCCCUAUCUGAACUGACCCCCAGAGAAAUAAAUGUAUCAGAAGAAACACAUGCUGAUGCACAGCCUAGGAACGAAACACCCACUGUUUCUGGAGCAACUUCAGAUAAUGGUAGCAGUUCUCGUCAGGUGCCUACCAACCGUUCUCAAGUGAUUACACAGAACACACAGCUUAUUAGUCUGGUUGAUGAAAGCUAUGAGUCUAGUGGCUCUGAAGUGAAUUUUGAUGGUGAUGACUCACUUCCAUCAACUAGUCACCGUCCCCCACAGCCAGUGGUAGUGCCCCUUCGUUUGGUUGACAAGAGCUAUGGAAGUGGCAGCUCUGAACCAUGUGAGGAUUCCGGGUCCUCAGCUGAUGAGACUCCAGCAGCAGUACGACGACAAAAUCCUGUGAACAAUGCCCAUGCAAACCUGGUUGAUGAGAACUACGGGUCAAGCAGUUUCAGUUCUGACAGUGAUGCAGCUCUGGACCAUCCCCAGAUACCUGUUCAAGAAAGAAGCCCAAGAGACAGAGCUGUUGAACAAGAAAAUGAAGACCAACCCAGUAGUUCUGAAGCACAUCCUGAACAUCAUGGUUCUCUUGAGACAGUGGCUGAUGAAUCCCAGAGAGAAGUAGAAGAAAUAAAUCUUCCGAACCAGAAGAAUACCAACCUUGGGGAUAUGAACUGUGAGUCUCAUGGUCCUGAAGUGGGUUUUCAUGCUGAUGAUCAAUUAGAGGCUGAUCAAUCUCCGGUAAAUCCUGAGGAAGUAGAUCUUGACCUAGAAAAUCAGAGUGUUCACUCUGGCAGUUCUAAUCUAAGUUUUGAUUCCCAUGCUUCUUAUCAGUCAGCUAAUGAUCAACCUCAAGGGGCUUGGGGUGAAGUAAAUCUUGAUGAGUUAAAUGUCGACAUGGAAGUUAAGAGCAAUGGGUGCUCCAGUUCUGAGUUGACAUUUGAUUCCGAUUCCCCUCUUCUGUCAGCUACUGAGCGGUCUCUGCUGGAUUUUGAAGGAUUAAACGAAGAUGACUUUAACCUGGAAGAUGAAAACUGUGUGUCAAGUAGUUCUGACAUAACUUUUGAUUCUGAUAUUCCCGAUGACACAGUAGCUGACCAACCUCAAAUAGCUGUUUAUGAGGAGGAACCUGUUGGUCUGGAAAAUAAGAGUAAUGAAUCUUGUGUUUCUGGAAUAACAUUUGAUUCUGAUAUUCCUCUUCAUUCAGGAAAUGAUCACCCUGAAGUAGCUGUUAAAGAAGUAAUCAUUCAGGAAGAAGAAAACGUUCACUUAGAAGGGAAGAAUGACAAUCCCAGUGGUUCUGAAAUAUGUUUGGAUUCUAAUGCCCCUCUUCAUUCAGUGACUAAUUCUGAUGUAGCUGUUAAAAAGAUAAAUCCCCCCAAAGAAGAGCAGGUACAUUUAGAACAAAUUGAACAAAAGGAAAAUGAACCUACUGAUUCUGAAUUAAAUUUGGAUUAUAACUCUUUUAAUUCAAAGCCCGGAUGUUCUGAAGAUCCCAUUAUAGUACGUGUUUCUGAAACAAGGUUGGCUUCUCAUGUCCCUUUUCAGUCAGUUAUUCGCAGAUGUGAAGUAGUUGUCAAAAAUGUAUGUCUUCAAAAAGAAAAGCAUGCUGAAUUAACAAGUAAAAGCACAGAAUCUCAUUCUGAAAUAAGUUCAGCUUCUACUGCUUCUCAUCCAGUGACGGAACCUUAUGUAGGUAAGAAAGCAAAGAGAAAGACAAAGCAUCUUGAGGAAGUCAUCAGUGAUGAUGAAUAUGGCAUCUCUCAACCAACUUUCAAUUCUGACGUUUUUCCUGGGCCAAUGACUGAUAAACCUCAACCAGCUGCUUUGAAAGAGGGCCAUGCUGACCCAAAAGAUGAAAGUACUGAGCUUAGAGGGAUGGAAGUAAAUCUGAAUACUGCUGGUUGCCUUGAUUCAGUCAUUAGCGAGUCUCAGUUAGCCUCAAAGGAAAACUGUGUUGAACUGAAAGACACAGAUGGCAAACCCAGUGACUCUAAAGCAAGUGUUGAUUCUACCGACCAUUUUCACUCACUGCCUAAACAAGAGUUCGACGUGAUUACAAAAAUGAGUGAGUGGAAAACCGAGGCAAAGGUUCUUGAACAGAAGAUCAGUGAUCUUAUUUAUUCAAAAAUAAUACAUGACUCUAAUGUUUCUUUUCGUUCUGCAAUGGAUCAACUUGAACUAGCUCUUAAACAAAUAAAUCUUGAUAGUAAUGACCAAGUGUCCUUGGAAGAUAACAGCCAACCUACGUGUUCUGAAACAAAUUUGGAUUCUGAUUUCUCAAUCCAGGCAGUAGUUGAACCACCUGAAGUAACUAUUUUGGAGCCUGAACAUGUUGAACUAGAAGGUAGGAAUAACGUGUCUUGUGGUUCUGAAGUAAGCGUUGAUUCUAACAACUCUGUCCAGUUACAGGCUGUUCAGCAUAGUGAAAGUUGUGAAAAUAGAAGUCAGAAGGAUACAGAUGACACGGAAGGUAAGAGGGAUGACGCUCAGUGUUCUGGAGUUACAUGUGAUUCCAAUGUCCCCCAGCCACUGGCUGGCCAAAUUGAAGUAGUUCAGGAGCUCGACCGUUGGAAAGAUCAUGGUGAUUUGGAAGAUAAGAUUGUUGAAUCUAAUGACUCAAAAAUAAACCUCCAUUCUGAUGAACCACUUCAGGCUGUGACUAAUGCAACACAAGAGCCUGUUCAAGAAAUAAAUUUACUGAAGGGACAUGCUAGUCCAAAUGAUAAUGGCUGUGAGCCCUGUGGCUCUGCAAUAGUUCCUGUUUCCAAUGUCAUUUUUUGUUCAGUGAUUCAGAAACCACAAAAAGGUUGUACCAGUUUGAAAGGAAACGGCAGCAAACCUUGUGGUCCUGAAGUGAGUGUUGAUUCCCGUAAAAGUCCUGAAAUAAGUUUUGAUGCCAAUGAUCCUUGUCAGUCAGUAGCAGGCCAUCUUCAAAAACCUGUCAAGGAAAUGAACCUGAAGGAAGACCAUAUUUACCUGGAAGAUAAGAGCUACAAGCUAGUUGACUUUGAACCGACUUAUGAUUCUGAUGAUCCUGUUCAGUUUGUGACAGAUCCAUCUGUGGAGGCUGUGCCUGUCAAAGAAGCAAACUUGCAAAAGGAGAAUCAUGAUGACCUAGAAAAUGAGAACUUUCAGCCAUGUUGUUCUGAAGUAGCAUAUAAUUCUGCUGUUCAUCUGCAGUCAGAAGUUGACCCACUUCAAGAGGCUUGCAAAGAAGCAGACCUUGACAAGAAAGAACUUGACAUAGAAGACAAGGGCAGUGUUUCUUGUGUGCCUGAAGUGGGGUAUGAUUCUGACGUCUCUUUUCAGAUAGUAGUUAACCAGGUUCAGACAUCAGAUGGAGAAACAGAUUCACCACAGGUGGUGUUUGUGGAUGUUGUUUCCAGUGAUAGUGACUGUGACCGGGAAGUAAUUUCUGAUUCAAAUAUUCCUCUUCAGCUACAAACCGAGCCACCUCAGAUGACUGUCAAAGAAACUAGUGAUAUAAACACAGAUUCUCUUGGUUCUGCAGCAAAUGAAAAGUACUACUGUAAAUUCUGUGGUUGUGAUUAUGAAGCCUCUCAGUCAGUGACAAACCAAUCCAAGGAAAGUUUCAAAAUAAUAAACAGGAAGAAUGACUAUAUUAUCCUAGGAGAUUCCACUUGUCCAUCUUGUGGUCAUGAACUCAAUUUCAGUGUUGAUCCCUCUGAUCAGCCCACUACCUGCCAGUUACAAGAGCCUGCUGGUAAUUUUAUUGACCCCGAAGUUAAGAACUAUGGAUCUCAUAGUUUUAAAAGAAAGUUUGAUUGGGAAGAUACUCGGCCAACGACUCAGCAACUACCGAAAACUAGAGAAAUCCUCAGUGUUCGGAGAGAUCAAAAACAUAGAACCAAAAGAGAUAGGAACUGGGAAUCCAGUAGUUCUGCAGCAGGCCGUGCUGUAUCAGUGAUCCGAAAAACAGCUGUGAAGCGCCCCGCUUCAAACUGUUGGGGAUCUGAGUCAAAUUGUCAAUAUGAUGACUCAGUUGAGUCUGACCCUGAGCAACCUGUACGUAAGAAAAGAGGCCCGCAAAAGAAAGUGACUUUUGACAUGAGAGUAACUAAGUAUGAAUAUCCACCAAGCCCACUGUACUCGGAUGCAGAAGAAGUUGCAGAAGGUGAUCCUAAGGAGGUAGUUCAGGAAGGCUCUCCUCAGGUUCAGGUUCCUCCACCAUCUGUUGAAAAAACACAGUCUCGGGGGAGAGAAGAUGACGUGAAAACAAACGCACAGCAAUGUCAAGGUCGUUUCUACAGUUACUAUGAUGGUGGCUCUGACAAGAAAAUUCUUUUGGGUGAAGACGAAAAGACUGAUCUUAAUCAGAAUACCACAUCAGUUCAGUAUGUUGAAGAUAAAGUUGGAGAUACUGGUGACUUUUCAGUGGCCUUAGGCAAACCAUCUUGUUCCCCAGCAGAGGGGCUUCAUCAGCAACCUGGGCAGGUGACUUCUCAGAACCAGGUAGGAGGAGUAAGAUAUGGAACUCAAACAAGUUCCGGGAAGAAAAGGAAAAUUACAGAAGAAGACGACGACGACGCACCGCCAAAAAGGAAGUAUUUCCGCCAUGAUAGCCAGAAAAAAAAAAAAGCUCAAACUAAGUUACCAGAACUACAGAUUAAAGUUUUAGAGCCUGUACAGCCUGAUUCCUUGGUCUAUAUUUUUUCUUCUCUAAGCAUGAAGGAAGAUCAGUCUUUGAACCCACCUAAAACAAAGCCUGGCAGUGACAGUGGGUUACGAUUUAUAUACAGUUGUAAAGAGCAUACUUCUUCUGGCCCACGACGUAAGAGAACUGUAAUUAAUCCUCCACAAAACCUAAACGUACCAGAUGUUGGCAGACGUGAUACAGUUGGCAUUGGUCCUAACAGGCGUGACCCAAGGUCCAAUGCAGGAGAGAAUAGUGCCAACAAACAAGACCUGGCUUCAACAUCUUCUAUGACAGUGCCGAAAAGAUCCGUGUUAAGGUUCCACAGGACCAGUCAAUCUUCGUAUGUAAUCAAAUCAGAUGAUGUGGGUGCUACUCAAGUUCCAAAGGAUACUUUCCAGCAGACUCUCUUAAACAGUGACGGUGCCAAAAAAACACCCAAAUCAGUUAGAAAAGAAGGUUCUGAAAGUAAAAAUGAAAGGAAAUUUUGGAAAAAGAAGAUGGUCAUUGCAGAUAAAUCAUGCCUCAUCAAAAAUGCUUAUAAAACAAUGGUUCUCCGGAAAAAAUCAAGACUACUUUUAGAAAAGCUGGCUAUUUGGAUUCAGCUGAAAGCAACCGACAUCGUCAGGAAGUAUGUCUGUAAAUGCCCUGGUGCCAUGCGCCGGAGGUAUCAAUCAAAGACUGUACUUAUAAAAAUGCAACUGAGGAAGAAGAAGAUAGUUGCCAGGAAGAUAAAGGAAGCCAAGAAGGCAGCUGAAGCUCUCGCGCUCGCGCUCUCGAGCUCCCCGGUUCUCCCAGCUGGUGCUGAAGAGCAGAUAAGCACUACUGCAGGGCCUACAGAGGUGCCUGCUCAUCUUUCCAAUGCUGGAGGAAUAAAGCGCUACCGGAAAACUUACUUCCGCAAAAGGAAGAGACUUCUUCCUGUGAGAGAAUAUGACCUGAGAAGCUUGAGUUCCACACCAAAUACCGACAGGAUGGUGACACGGCUUGCAAGCAAGUCAAAAAAUAAUGAAGCAAAAUAA